AUGGCAACUCCUGAGCGGUUCACUGCUGUAUACAAGGUGGUGGAGGACCAGGAGAUAGACGUGGACAUCUACCUUCCCCAGCCAUCAACUGGCGAAGUCGUCGCUGUUAUCGACAUCCACGGCGGCGCCUUCAUGCUCGGCUCGUCAGCCAUCGUCAACAAAGACCAGAUCCAGGACUGUUUGAACCGAGGAUGGAUUGUGCUGGCCCCGAACCACCGGCUGUGCCCGCAAGUUGACUUGUUAGAGGGGCCGGUGCGGGACUGCCGCGACCUUCUGGCCUGGGUCUAUGACGGCGGACUGCAAAGCGCUGUGGCAUCCAAGACAGCCAUCUCCUAUCCUCUGGACCUCGACCACGUGUUUGCCUUCGGGACGUCUUCCGGUGGUACUCUGGCUCUCUGUUUGGGCUUCGGCGUCCCCCGCCCAGUUGCAGGUAUUUUCGACCUGUACGGGCCCUGCAACUUCUCUGACAGCUUCUGGCGGACCGAGCUGCCGCAUGUUGCCGCAAUUUUGCCCCCCGGACUCACCGAAGACUUCAUCAACAAGGUCUACCAAGAGAAGCCGGUACCCAUCCGCUCAGGUGUCUCGCUGGAGGGCCAAACACCGGGCCUGUCUGACUUCAGCGACCCGCGGCAAGCGUUCGCCUUCACGCAGAUUGCGCGGGGGACUAUUCUCAACGCUAUCAAUCACAAAGGCGACCUCGAUCUAGUAGAUCCGCUAAGAAACGUCAGCCCUGCGUUUCCGCCCACCUUCAUUGUGCAUGGCACGGAGGACGCCCUGGUUCCCAUCCGCUUGAGCCGGGACCUCCAUUCCGCGCUGGUAAAGCACGGUGUGGAGUGCGGAAUGGAGGAGAUCCCUGGCGAAGAGCACACGUUCGCCGCCAAGAUGAAGGUGGGAUCGCAGACUUGGGAGUUGCAACGCAAAGGAUUUGACUUUUUGGAGAACUUGGUGAGGCGGAAAUAG